CAGAAGCAGUCUCAGCAACAACAAAAGCAGCAACAUGAUCAACAACAACAGCAACAACAACAACAAUCGCAACAACUUCCACAACCACCUCAGCAACCACUGCAACAACAGCAACAACACCCACCGCCACCUCAACAACCACCACUCCAAGGCGGAAGCAAAGGAGAGAGCCACAAGUCCCACCAGCAACCGCAGUCCAACGUCGCGACAACAAAACAUCCUGCUGAGUCUGUCCAGCCAGCCAUAAGUAAAGGUGCAAGCAAGGGGGAAUCCACAGGCCGCGUACAAAGUUUGAAGGUCACUCUAGGGCCCUCAGGAAGUAAAGUAUCCUCAGUGUCAGAAGACAUAAAGGUUGAUGAUGUGGAAAAGUCAGAGCUGAAAAAUAUUUUAAUUAGUAAUAGUGUUCCUAAAUCCCAGCCCCAGCAAAAUAAGCAGCAGCAAAUACAACAACAAAAACAAUACUUACAAGAACAACAAAAGCAGUUGCAAGAACAGAAGCAACUUUUAGAACAGCAAAAACUUCAGAAGCAACAAAAACAGCAGCAAGAACAACAGAAACAACAACAAUUAGAGCAGCAGAAACAAAAGCAGAAACAGCAAGAGGAACAGCAACAGCAGCAACAAAAACAACAGCAGCAGCAACAGCAGCAACAACAACAACAACAACAACAGUUGCAGCAGCAGCAGCAACAACAACAGCAGCAGCAACAGCAACAGCAGCAACAACAACAACAACAACAACAACAACAUGCACAUCACCAGCAUCACCACCACCACCACCACCAUCAGGAACAUACAUCUCAUCCUCUCCCUCCAACCUCAGAAGAACAGCAUAUCCACCAUCAACAGCAACAGCAUUUACAACUACAGGAACAGUUAGAACAGUUACAACACCACCACUUACAGCAGCAGUUACACCACCAUCACCAACAGCAACAUGCCAUGAGUCAUAAUAUGUCAGGGGGUUUGCCACACCCAUCGGUUUCAAAUGGCUUCUCAGACAUGCCACUGGGUAUGGCCCAGACAUUGGUGCAUAGCUUAGCAGGGAUUAGUGCAAUGACAGGCAUGCCUGGUCUGUCCUCCCUUGGCCCCUCUGGGCUAGAGGGACUAGGUGCUGCUGUCACGGGUAGCAUGUUGCCAGGGCUUGCUGAUGCUGCAUCAACAAAUAGUGCCAAUAUUUCUGUUGCUGCUGCCUCCAAUGCAGUACCAACACAUAACCCAAUGAUGGCAACUCAUGACACUCAUCAAGAAAUGCCAUCACAUUUGCCAGAGACUAGCCUAGCAGACUUAAAAGCAGCAGGCUUAGAUACUAGUUUAAGUUAUUAUUCGUCAAUUCCACAAACGCAAAGCGACACAUCUAUCAUGCGCAAACAGUCAGAGGAGGAACUCAACCCAGAGGCCCAGGCCCUGCAGAGGCAACAUGCAGAGGCUUCAGCAUUGGCAAGUUACCUGGCUGCUCAAGAUAAGAAGCCCCCUUCCUCUGCCCCAGAAACCCCUAAGUCAUCAGGAGGAAGCUCUUUCAGUAAACCCAAGCCAACACCCAAGAACCUCAGUUCAUGGUCAUCCCUAGCGCAGAGUGCCGUCCCUUCACCCACAGCCUCCACCUCUCUAAAGACAUCAGCCAGUGAUUCUUUUGCCCAGUUCAAGAGAGUUGCCAAGGAGAAAGAAGCAAGGAAACGUCAGAUCAUUGAGCAGCAAGAGCAAAGAAGGCAGCAGAAGGAGCAAGUUGAGAAGGAACGUGCAAGACAAGAAGCAGAGAAAGAGCGUGCACGGUUAGAGGAGGAAGCUUUGGAUAGGGCAAUGGAACAAGCUAAAGAAAUUCGGGCCACUCAAGAAGUUCAAAGACGAGAACCAGUUGCCAUACGGGAGAGGCCACCCUCAAGUGCAAAAGUGGCCACUCCUAUGACAGCCUCAACUUCGCCUCACCCCCAGCUGGCAACACCUGCAGGGCCCCCCAGUUCACAUCCCCCUGCCACUCCAACCUCUUCCAUAGACAAUGCAAAGCAAAGUGACCGCGACAGACAAAAGCUGAGAGAACAAGAACGAAGACGGAGGGAAGCUAUGGCGGGUCAGAUAGACAUGAAUCGCCAAAGCGACUUGAUGGCUGCGUUCGAAGAACAGUGUGGAAAAUAAUGUAUAAGAAUUACCAAAAAUAUUUUAUUAAUGUCGGCUCUGUUCCUUGUACACAACUCAACUCAGAUAUCACCUAAGUCCUUUUAUUUGACAUGUUUUGUACAUAUAACUAUAGCUGUGUUUAUAUUUAUUAUAGUUCAGUGAGAGUUCUUGUUGUUGCUGUACAUUUGUGUAUGAAACUUAUGGAUGUAAAUGUUACAUUUUGGCUGUGAAAUCGUCCCUUGCCAAUGCAUGUUGUCGGCAAGUUGUACAACUGUUGGCCCUGCUGCUUGAUGGCACUCUGUUCAUUUGGCCAGCUCCGAAUUAAGAGAAAAAAAAAUUAUCCUAUUCUACUGAGAACUAAAUAACUGUCAUGACUGAGCAUAAGUGCAAGUGUGGCACAUCAGUGGUGCCCUAUCUGUAGUGUUACAAGUGUCAACUGAGCUGAUCUCCUGUUAAGAUUAGCACAAGUCCUAACUUCCAGUUGUCAUGCAUCAGACCACAGCAGAGGGUUCUGUUUGUCCACAGUAGAAGAUACUUUUUCUUUAGGUUGACACCUCUGUUAAUUCCACCAACUUAACAAUAAUUUGAUGACUGUAGAAGAUUAUAGUUGGGUAUUUAAGACUUAACCUUUUUAUGGUGUACUCUUAAAUAACUCAUGCGUUUAGAAAUUAAUUUUUCAGAAAUGACCAAGAGUUUUCAUGGAAAAAAAAUGGUUGAAGAAAAAUAGAAAAAAAAAUGUUGGCAUUAACUCUUGGAAAUGUGUAAUAUAGUUAUGCAGUGGAAUAGCAGGAGCAUCUCAAGUAGCAAUAUACUUGCUCUGCUGGUGCUUCAAAGCAGAAACAGGACAUUAUAAAUGCUCGCCAUGUGAAUAUUGUUUCUCUAUUGGAAUUGCUCUUCAGAUUCUCAGUUUUCAGCUGGGAUUGCUACUCAGCUGUUUACAACAGGUAUGGCUUGUUUGCCAUACAUUAAACUUUCCAUAUUGACCAACGAUUUUCAACUAAGGAAAUGUUAAUCAAUAUUAGGUUUAGAAUCUUUUUUUAAUAAAAAGUGUUAAAAGUAUUUGGCCGAUAGGCCUGUAGACCAUCA